AUGCUUUUUUUCGUCAGCUAUGGCUGCCAAUCAGUGGCCAGUGGCCAGCAUGUGGAGGUUGAUCCUGAAGUCCAUGCCUCCCCUGGGGACUCUGUGGUCCUGCCUUGCAAAGCCAUCGCAGGCGGCACCGAACUAACUCGGGUAUCAUGGACAUAUGAGGACGGAGGGGACAGGAUUAACAUUGCCGUCUUCCAUCCCACCUAUGGGGCGAGUUUCCCUGAUUCCCCCCUCAGGGGCCGCGUGAGCUUCACCCAGGGCACACUGGAGGAUUCAUCUAUUGAGAUCAGCAACGUGAAGAUGUCUGAUGAAGGUCUUUACACAUGCGAGUAUGCCCACUACCCCAGUGGCAAUGUGCAAGGCACCACCAAACUCAUUGUACAAGAGCGUCCCACUUCCCAACCCCCUACAGUGACAGCAGGACUCAGCACCUCAGCAGUGUCCAGAGGUCCAUGCAUGCCGAUAGAGAUGGAGGUGCAGGCCUUCCCAAUGGGCUCCGUCAUCCUGCGCUGUAACGUCCUUCAAGCUGAAGCACUCAAGGUCACUCAGGUGACAUGGUUAUAUGAGGCCAAGGGAGGGGAGAGGGCCAGCAUUGCCGUCUUCCACCCCACCUUUGGGCAGAGUUUCCCUGACUUCCCUCAGUUCAAGGGUCGGCUGCGUUUCACCCAGGCCACACUGGAAGAGUCGGCCAUCGAGAUCACCAGCAUGGCAAGGUCUGACGAGGGCAAAUUCAUCUGCCAGUUCAGCACCUACCCCAGUGGGACACUGGAGAGCACCACCACACUCACCAUGAGAGCCCCUCCCAUUCCCUGUCUCCAAUGACAACAGAGCAUUAGAGCAACUGCAGGAAGUCUCUGACUUGAAGAGGUGAAUGGAAACGACAACGACUCAACGACAAAGCAUCAACUCUGAUGCCUUGUUGGCCUUUCAAAAGUUAAUCUAUGUAUACUGUACUGUAUGUAUGCUGUGAUCCCCCCCCCCCCCCCCAAAAAAAAGUCUGUUACGACAGUCAAAAGUCUAUGUUAUGACCAUCGAGUCUACAUGAUCACAACUAAAGUCUAUGUUGUGACAAUCAAGUCUAUGUUAUGACAACCAAAGGUAUAUGAAAGCCUAUGUUAUGCACUAUCAAAUUCUAUGUAAUGACCAUCAAAGGCCUAUGUAAAGACAAUCAAAGGUCAUGCACCACCCACCCAUGAAAGUCUAUGCUUAUCAAGCAAUGGACGUGAAUGCUAUGCUAUGGAGUCUCAUACUGUAAUAUGUCUUUGUGGCUGCAGUGACCUCAGCCUAGCCACUAAUCAUUUUCUAGUGCUAACUACUGUAUUGUAGAAUUAUGUACCAGAAAUAAACACUGAUA